AAUUUUAUGAUUUUUCCUGUGCCCAAAAAUACUUAUCGAGAAGGAGAUCUCAAGGUUGUUUUAAUGUCUUAUUUCCUAGGAACUAAUCAAAAUUCCAUAUUACGAAGACAUAUUUAGAUUUCAACUCACCUCUCCCAAAACCAAAAUCUAGUUUCAUAAAAUAGAUCCUUUUAAACCUCCAGAUGAAAUCCCUCACGUAAGCCAAUCUCAUUUUAUAUAUAAAUCUAUAGGAUGUAAGUACUCAAUCCAUUUAUGAUGAUCAUGUUGAUGAAUUGCCAAGUUAAAGAAUACCUCGCAUCUCCUAAACAACUACCCUCAAACCCAAAAAUCAAAUGUAAUAUUCUCUCAUAAAUUGUAGAAGUGGGUUGAGAUUGUCCCUGUCCCCUCGAGUCACAUAUAACAAUGAAUUAGCUACCACUCUAACAAAUAGGAACUGUAAAUAUACAAAAGAGAUUCCCUGCUUGUAUUUGAAAUCGUACACUCUGACCAAAAGAACUAUUAUUUACUUUCAUGCCAAUUGCGAGGAUCUCAAGUCUUCUUACAAUCUAUUGGACUUUCUUCGACAUAACAUGAGAAUGAACAUCUUAGCAGUUGAAUAUCCAGGCUAUGGAAUUUAUUAAGGCGAACCCACCGAAGAAAUGAUACUAAAAGAUGCAGAAUAUAUUUACUAGUAUAUAGCCUUUCAUUCCGGCGUAGAAGAACAGAAUAUAAUAUUAAUGGGAAGAUCUAUAGGGACUGGAGUUGCAUGUCAUGUCGCAUCAAUUUUUAAACCAGCUAUUUUAGUUUUGAUCUCUCCAUUCUUAUCCAUACAAGAAAUCGUCUAAGAAAAGUAUCCUUUAUUAAGGAAGAUGCUCAAGGAAAGAUUCUCAAACAAGGACAAAAUGCAAAAAGUAAAAUCCCCUCUCUACAUUCUGCAUGGACUCAAAGAUUCUAUCGUUUCAGUAGAACAAGCCAGGAAACUUUAUGGUAUGAUUCUCUUCUUUCAUUUUUAAAUAGAAUUAUGCAAAAGUCCAAGUUUAAUUAGAACACCCCCUGAAAUGACUCAUACUAGAUUUCAAUUUGAAUAAGACUUAUCCUUACCUCUUCUAGGGUUCAUGAGAUAAUUGAAUAUACUUUGA